UACUAAAGUUAUGUGAUUUGCUUUCAUGACGAUAAUUAAUGAUAAGCGCCAUUCUUUGUCAGAUGUGAUGUACGUCACCUGAAACACUGAUGUUAUAGAAAAGCCAGUCAUGCCUGUUGUGCGGGUACCUGACGAAGCAGGACACACCCUGACACUCCUAGAGGUGGACGGUACCUACCGGGCCACCAGUAGAUCGGUACCCGGCCACGAAAACGAGAUCAGGUCUAUACCAACAUGGCAGGCACGUGAUGAUGACGUUCUGAUUUGUUCCUAUCCUAAAUCUGGAACACAUUGGAUAUGGGAAGUAGUGUCCAUGCUGAUGAGGAGUAAGGCCGAACGAGUCCCUGGUGUCAAAGAGUCGGCCAUGUUGGAACUGAUACCGCAAUCCCGGUUUGAUAACCUCCCGUCUCCGAGAGUUCUCAACACCCAUCUCCAGUACGGACAGGUGCCCAAAGACAUGCUCAACCGGAGGUGUAAAAUACUUUACAUGAUCCGGAAUCCCAAGGACAUAUCCGUUUCCUUUUUUAACCAUCACACAAAACUUCUGGAUUAUGAAUUCACGGGAUCAUGGGAACAAUAUCUGCCUAGAUUUCUUCGAGGAGAUGUGGACUGCGGCAGCUGGUUUGAUUUCACGCUCAGUUGGGAAAACUUCAUCGUUCAAAUUCCUGACUAUCCAAUCCUUGCCGUUUACUUCGAAGAUAUGAAGAAUUCGAACCCGUUACGGGAGAUUGAAAGAAUAGCGGCCUUCCUGGAGGUACCGUGUGACGUCAUGUUCCUAGAGCGCGUGGCCCAACUAUGUAAUUUUAACGAGAUGAAGAGGGACAAAGAGCCAUUGGAGGACGCAGAAGACUGGAGGGAUGGCAAACCUGAUAUGUACCGCAAAGGAGUUGUUGGCGACUGGAAAAACUGGUUUACUGUCGGACAAAACGACCUGUUUGACAAAGUCUUCUCUGAACGAAUGAAAAACUCGCAAACAAAUGUACGAUUUUCUUGAUCGAUAUUCAAAAUAAAGAGCUCGCGUGACACAUGUCGACUGGGUGUACCGACAGCUCGGCCAUAGAAUUGACCAAUCUACGUCAUCAUGACGUAUAUCGCUUCAUAUGUAGGCAAUGUACAUGCAGGUGCAUGAAUAUGUUUUUAGCAAUUAGUUUCAGAGAUAUCGGUAUUAUCACUACUGAUACGUCACAAAGUAAAACUAUUCGAGAUGCACGGCCAGCACUGGAUAGUUAACGAUACAGUUAAUAAUCCCCGCCGAUUACUGGUGUUAAUGUGUUUUCAGGGUAAUAUAAUUGCCUAUUAAAUGACAGCGUUUUUGGUUUUUUGUUAUUCAUGUUUUUCAAUAGAAACUACCAGCACUGUCCCCGUACAUACUUAUACUGUACAU